GGAGUGUAAGCUGGGAGACACACCCGGCCCCGGCAGUGGGUAGAUGGGGCGGCUUCUCAUUCUGCGCCCAGCCUGUGGGAUUGGGGCCGGGUUAUAACAAUUGAAGGGAAUACAGGUCUUUGGAUAUACCCCCUCUAAACAUCAGGUCGGGUUUGUUCUAUAUCCCCAAAUCUAGUACGUGAUUACUACCAUAUUUCGAUUUAGAGUACUGCUGCUUUUGAGAACUUUUGAGUUGACUUUUUGCGUCCAUAAUAACAUUUUUUAACCCAAGCUAAGUAUUUUACAGUUACUGAAUUCCUCACUAAAUUCAUUCAUAAGCCAGACCUUUCCAUAAUACUGGCUCAAAACAAAGCCCAUAUACAGUAAGUGCCUCCGUGUUCGUUGAACUCUCCAGUAUACUAAGGGGACCAAAUGGCAAAUGUACAGCAAUAUUUUAUUUAAACAAAUUCAUUUUUAACAUUUGUUUAACAUUCAUUAAACAUUUUUAAAUGUUACUACCUUAAAUGUAGACCAGCACAACUGCAAUAAUAACAAUAAGAAAUUAAACUAGCAUCAGAUUAUGCCAAAAGCUGAGCAUGAUGUUGCAUGUCUUUAAUAGUAGCACUGCAGAGGCAGAGGCAGGAAGAUCUCUGUUAGUUCAAGGCCACCAUAUCCUACAUAGCAGGCAGGCUCUGUGACUGAAUAGGCCCUGUUUCAAAAGAACAGGAAAAAAAAUCUGCCAAAAAAAAUCUUUGGCAGAUUUUUUUUCAUUAUCCUUGGAUUGCAGCUUAGUAGGAAAGUGUUUGUUUACCAUUCAUAAGGCCCUGAGUUCAUUCCCAGCCCUGAAAAAAGUUCUGUACAUAUGGAGUAAAGAAUAUAACAUGACUGAAACAUAAUUGAAAAGGAAAUAAUUCUACCAUUUAAUUCAUGUUAAUAUUUCAUUCUUAUACUUCUAAAAUUUUUUUCUGUAAUUAGUGGUAGGAAUUUUACUCAGUAGUAGGUAUGAUCUUAAUACUUUGUUGGCUGAUUUAUAGUCUUAAGCCUGUUUCAAAAUGUUACAAGUUUUUAGAGAUUUCUCUUCUUAUGCUGUAAGUUAAUAGUGCUUUCAUAUCUUGUAGGAUCCUCCCCAAGCACAAAACCCAGUUGUACUAAGUUUUGUGAACUAUUUCAGCACAGAAUGGCUUUGGAAUCCAGAGCAAUUUCAACUCUAAAACCUCAGGAUCAAGAAGAUGAUGAAUUAAUACUAGUCAAAAUAGAAGAUAGCUUUUCUUGGAGUCAGAAAUGUAAACAGAAUGGGAGUACCCAAUCUUGCCAAGAAUUGUUUCGUCAGCAAUUCAGGAAGUUUUGCUACCAUGAAACCCCUGGUCCCCGAGAGGCUCUGGGCCGACUCCAGGAACUUUGCUAUCAGUGGCUGAUGCCAGAAUUGCACACAAAGGAGCAGAUCCUAGAAUUACUAGUGCUGGAGCAGUUUCUGAGCAUCUUACCUGAGGAACUGAAGAUAUGGGUUCAACAGCAUGGUCCAAGAAGUGGUGAGGAAGCUGUGACUCUGCUGGAGGAUUUGGAGAAAGAGUUUGAUGAUCAAGGGCAGCAGGUCCCAGAUAGUCCACAAGGACCAUCAGUGUCAUGGAAAGACUUGACAUAUCUCAGAGCAUCCCAAGAUUCAACAAGCAUCCAAGUCCAGCCUCUGAAGACACAGCUAAAAUCCUGGAAACCUUGCCUUUCCUCUAACAGUGGUAGGAAUAGAAACUUACCUUCAAGUUUAUAUUCUCAAAAUAAUGAAACAACAGCAAAAGAGGACAUUUUAGAAGAAAAAUCACCAGAACUCUCUUGGGACCCUUCAUUUAGAAGUGUUAGUGAGCACAAAAGCAAUCUAGAGUGGCAGCAAAGAAGUUCCCCUCUCCACAGGGGUAGUUUUAGUCAAGUGAUCUUCACACACAAAUCCUUAGCAAAGAGAGACCAUCAUGAUGAAUCUCAAAGAUGCUUAAUUCUAAGUACAAACUCUGUAACAUGUCAGAAAGUUUCUCCAGAAGAGAGACCUUACAGAUGUGAUGUAUGUGGGCAUAGCUUUAAACAGCAUUUUUCUCUAACACAACAUCAGAGAAUCCAUACUGGAGAAAAACCCUAUAAAUGUAAUCAGUGUGGGAAGGCCUUUAGUUUGAGGUCAUACCUCAUUAUUCAUCAGAAAAUCCAUAGUGGUGAAAAGGCUUAUGAAUGUAAUGAAUGUGGAAAAGCCUUCAAUCAGAGCUCAGCUCUCACUAGACAUCGGAAAAUUCAUACAGGUGAGAAAGCUUGUAAGUGUGAUGAGUGUGGCAAAGCAUUCAGUCAAAGUUCUUACCUAAUUAUACAUCAGAGAAUCCACACUGGUGAGAAACCCUAUGAGUGUAAUGAAUGUGGGAAAACCUUUAGCCAGAGCUCCAAGCUUAUUAGACACCAGAGAAUUCAUACAGGAGAGAGACCCUAUGUAUGCAAUGAAUGUGGGAAAGCUUUCAAGCAGAGCUCGGAGCUGAUAACCCAUCAGAGGAUACACAGUGGAGAGAAACCCUAUGAAUGUAGUGAGUGUGGAAAAGCCUUCAGUCUGAAUUCAAACCUCAUAAGACACCAGAGAAUUCACAGUGGAGAGGAACCUUAUCAGUGUAAUGACUGUGGGAAAACCUUCAAAAGGAGCUCAGCCCUUGUUCAGCACCAGAGAAUCCAUUCUGGGGAUGAAGCUUAUAUAUGUAACGAAUGUGGGAAGGCUUUUAGGCAUAGAUCAGUUUUGAUGCGCCAUCAGAGAGUCCAUGCUGUUAAGUAACGAUACAAUGACUAGUAAAUACAUCAGUGUAUUUUUCUCUAUAUUAGACAAAAGGUUGACUUGGCUUUGGAGCAAGAUUCCAUAAAAGCAGUUUUAAAAAAAUAAAUUGUCUUCAGUCAGUCUAACUUGCUUGUCCAGCACUUCCCAAUGCUAGUGCAGAUUUUUUUUGAAACUUCCUAUGAUUUGCCAGAACAAAAUAUAAGACCAUUACUUUGAGCUUUGCUGUUAACAUUAAGAAUACUGGGGGAGGGGGGAGGCAAUGUAUUAUUGAGACCUCAUUUUCUAUGAGAAUGUCAUAGGAAAAGGCUUCAUUCCGUCUCACUACAGCUGAUUGGGCCAGGUUUGUGAGAUAUAUAGAUGGCAUGAAAGACUGCUUAAGAAACUCAAAAGUUUUUACUCAACAGUAGCCAGUCAACAAGAAAAGUGAGGAAACAGUUUCAUUGAUGAUUUGUUCAUCCCAAGACAGGCCUAAAAUGAAAUGACCCCGAGAAGAAAAAGAUGCAAAUUAGUUUAUACAAGCUGAGGGCCCUGCCAUUUUCCACCCCUGUGCUGGGUAUUGAACCUAGGGCCUCACAUGCUAGGUAAGUCCUAAGUUAUUUUUUAAUACCUGCUUUAUACCAGGGACUAAAAAUAGAGUGAAAAAAGGUAACCUCUACAGUCUUAAUAGCCAUUGCCAGUCAGGUAAUGACACUUUAGUAUGGUCAGUCUAUUACAGUUGGGGGUGGGGGGUGGGUAGUUUGGGUUUGAGACAGGGUUUCUCUGUGUAGCCUUGGCUGUCCUGGAACUCACUCUGUAGUCCAGGCUGGCCUCUGCUUCCCAAGUGCUGGAAUUAUAAGUGUGUGCCACCACUGCCUAGCACUUUCCCCUUUUCACUGUUGCCCAAGAACUUUGGAUAAAGGAAACUGGAAUGAUAUGAAGAAUGAGGAGUUAACCAGGGAAGAAGGCCAGGUUACAAUAAAGGAAGAGAUUUUUUGUUUAACACCAGGAAACAAAACAAAACAAUUGGCGUCACAUCUGUGAGAAGUAUGACUACAACUAGACUCUAAAGCGCUGCAUAUGAGCCUAUGAAGUUUCUAUUAAUGAAUAAGAGUCCUUGCUCACGGCACCAUGAAAAGCUUUGUCUUGGUCAAUGUGGCCUAAUGGAAGGCUGGUAGGUGUUUUCCUGGCACAACCUGAGACGACGUUUAAACUUGUACAGAGAGAGUGCUAUGAGUGCAAUUUAUAAGAGAACAGCCUAGAUACAGACUCUGUUCUUUAGACGGUAUUGGAGUUGCUGUGUUAGAAGAUGCCAUAGCAACUGUUUCCAUUCUCUACCAUUUCUCCACCUGAGCACAGUUGCCUUGCUCAAGUGCUGAAAAAUUGACAGUUUCUGGAUCUUUGGCUUUUUCUCUAAAUACCUUGCACAUAUUUUGUCAUAUGUCAGCAAUAUUUAGCAGUAUCUUGAAAAUUUUGAGGACAGUGCUAGAGAAGUGACAACAGGAAGUGGUAAUUAUUGUUAGGACUUUGCCUUUUCUAAGGAAACCCAUCAGGAAGAGUAUACUAAGGCUGGUGUGCAGUGCAAGGUAGAAAGCUGAUCAACUCAAGAGCCCCGUCAUCCCUGCACUCUCAACAGUCAGACAAAAGGUUUAGACGUUCCUGGUCAGUUUGAGCAACAAGAUGGCACCCCACCUCAAAAUUAUUGGGGAGAAAAAAAGUCGAUUCAAAGACCUAGUAGUUUGGAGGAAUGAUAUACCACAAUCAAAUCUAUGUAGAAACUGAAAAAUAAUUUUAUGAGGAUACAAAAGUAAUGCUGUCUUAGACAUUUAUAGGUACAUACUAACAAAUAAAAAUAAUGAGCUAAAUGCCUAAUGUAGGUGUUAAGUAGGAUAAUGUUAAAAGGGAAAUACUCUAGAGCUGUUACAUAGAUUAGAAGGAAAUAUAAUGGGUAUUUGCCAAGGGCUUUGUAUAUGUGUUAGUCAUUAGUAAAAAUUCAUAUUUUGCACAUAGAAAAUGGAGGCUAUCAUACCUAAAGGUCAGAAUUUUAACUCAACUGUUCUGGAAGCACUUUAUACUAUCCAUGAAAAAAGUCCCAUUAGCAUUUAAAAAACUACAGACAUGCCAGUGAACAAUCCAUAAAUGUCCAGUCUUACAAGUUAAAGAUAUACUGGAAUAGAAGUGAAGAUGGUAUUUAUUUUUCAUAUAAAAUUAAUAAGGAUUCGAGCAAAUUAGGACUCUUGCUGCUAAUGGGCUGUGAAUACUUAUCUCUGGCAAUCAGUACCAGGAGCCUUAAGCAUUCAUUGCCUACGACUUUGAAACCCUAUCUAGAAAUAUAUUUAAGAAACCAUGAAUAUGCGGCCUUACAAGCUGCUAAAACAAGUUAAACAUUCAUGAUAUAUUAAAUAUACAACACAAUCCCAUGUAAAACAUGCAUUAAAGAUAAUGGAAAUAUACAAUGUCAAGAUGUUAUACUGGUUGUGGGUGUUGAAGUUACAGGUAAUAUGCUUUUUUGUAUUUCAAGUUUUACUGCAAAAUCUAAUACUUAAUAGAGGAAGGCAGGAGAAUAUAGUUCAGUUGUAAAGCAUAAGUUUACCAUGUGUAAGGCUGCAAGCUUAAUCUCUAGAUCCCCAGCCCUAGGCGGAGCAGGUAGUGAGCCAAAGUCCAAAGUAGGUAUGAAAAUAAGCACUUGCCCCCUAUGACAUCCCUGUCUCAGGUCUUAACUUUGACCUUUCAUGGUUGAUGAAAUCUGUGCAAACAUACCUACUUCAUACUAAAAGGAUACCCUUCAAAUUAUAAUUCCUGUGCAAGUUAACGUAAGUGCAUGAUGAUUUAUGGCUGAAAAGGGCUAGUUAUAAGUUUAACAGCUGUCAUUAGUGCUUUUGCAUGAAUUGAGAAGGCAUAAGCACAUUAUCUCACGUCUGUAUUCUCAUGUUAAAGGAGCUGAAGAUGAUCUUAUGGUCAAUCUUUAUGACAUGUAGUGGACAGCCUUUUCUGAAAACAAAGUAACUAAUGGCCUUCCCUCUGUCCUGUGCUUUCCCUCCUCUUGCUCCAGUGGCAGCCUCCAAAUCAGUGCUUGCCUCACAUGGAUCUUAAACCAAUUUCACACCUUUCUCUUCCUCAUUUUCACAGAUGGCUCAGAGCAGGUACCAGAGGGGACCAGAGGUUCCAGUCCCAGCACCCACAUUGGGUGGUUUACCUCCUGUAACUCCACUUCAAGGAAAUCCAGUGCCCUCUUCUGGCCUCUGUAGGCACUUGCAUUCACAAGCACAUAAUUUAAAGUCAUUCCAAAGGUCUUUCUAACUUAGUAUUGAAGAUAUCUGGGUGUGUUUAGUUAUGCAUAUGAAUUUAAAAGGCUCUUGCUUUCAUUCUGGUGCUCCAGCAACUCAACCUUAAAAGUCUAGCUGCCAUAGCUUCCUGAUGCUGUUUAUUUAACCCAGGAACUAGAAACUAAGUGUGCUACUUGCCUUUUCCCCAUAUGCCUACCCACCCUCCAGCCUGACUCCCCUCAUGUUGUAUUUCUUUACAUGAUUGAUUUAAAAACAAAACUUUAAAAUUUCGGUUUUAUUACAAUAUAUUCCAUUACAUGCUCAUACUAAGCAACUGGAGUGCAUAUUGAACAUAUAUUAAACUUCACAAAGUAUUAUACUAAAGAUUUUUGCCAGAAAUGUUAGGAUUACAGAAAAACCCUAAUAGGAAAUAGUUCAAAAGUUAAUUUUGCUAAGAGUAACAGGAUUAUGGUUGAUUUAUACUUCUCAACACUCACAAUUAGCUAAAAGGUUAAAUGAUAUGAUAUUUAGAACAUUGAGUCAUUCACUUGUUAUCUAUGUGAAAAGCCAAUUAUCCCAUUUGAAUUAUCCCUUUAAGUUAGAUCUUAAAUGACAAUUGCACAACCUUUGGAAGCAAGAACCACAUCCUCCCCUAUUCACAAUAGCUUUUAUUACCAAGUCUUCAAAAAUGGUGCAUUUCCCUAAAUAGAAAUUACCCUAAGCAAUUGUGGAUUAAUUAAAAUUGCCAAAUUAAAAUCAAUAGUUUUGUAGAAUCUGAGAGAUGGACUCAGUAUGUAUUUCCCUCAAGUGGCUUACCAUCUGCAAACCUAAUGCUGAGGGAGACUCCUGACUCCAGCCCCUCAGCUUCCAAUGUAUGCUGUUUCCUUGGUAUGCAUGUAUGACUUUACAUUAGAAACACCAGGAGUUUCUUUUACCACACUAAUACUAAAUACUUUUAGAUCAUAUAGGUCUUGUGAUCUGAAAUAGGUUAUCCAAUUCAGGCUAUUACAAACAGGAAAAGAAACCAGCCUGGGUUCUGAAUUGGGAUCAAAGAAAGCUCUAGCAGAAACUGAAGUCAAGAUACAGGAAUAGUCUCCAGAUCCUCUCUUCUCAUCAUUCCAUGUAUGUAUUAUAAACUGCCUUUGUUCUGCCAUUAGUAAAGGUAACUUCUGUAUUUUAGGUUUCAAAUGAGAUAACACACCCAAGAAAUCAUUAGUUAAUUUGUAGAUCAGGUAAAACAUCUCUGAAAUAUCCUCCAACAGAACCCUGAAUUUAUCUGGCAAAGUUACUACCACACUCUUACGUAAUAACUUGUUUAAUAAAUUUGUAUAUUCCAUUAGCCCUUAAUUUUGAGAGGGCAGUGACCAAGUCUGUUUUCCCAAUGGUUAGCCCAGGAAGUAUCAAACAAGGAAAUAAACUGCAACAGGAAGCUCGGUUGAAAGAACUGGUAAGGGGGCAGAAAUGAGUUUCCAUUUCUCAGAUACUAAACUGAUCUAGGACAUAGCCUCAGUUCAACAUUUCAGAGUUCAGUAAUGUAAAACAUGCCUACUCUAUUUAAUCAGACACACACUUUGGUUGGACAGUGAUCUUGGCUAUUUUAUAAAGAGAUCAUGUAGGAUCUGUGCCUCAGUCAUGGACUUAAAUGAAGGUACUCAAUGACAGUCUAUUGGUAGUAGGGAAUGGGAUGAAAAGCAUAUUGAUGAGAGUUCUCAUUCAGAAAUGGGUCAGUCUUUUUUUAGAAGAUACCAUUCUUUGUAGACAAGAUCUAUAUAAAAUUCUUUCAAUACUUUUUACAGAACUGAACUGGGCUGAAAAGACAGAAGUCUUACUGUCAGAAAACUUAUUUUUUGUGGAGUCUCACCUUUAAAGUGAAUUCCUAGCAUUUCACAAUUACACAACUCUUACCCACAGAGUUGAACUCUGGUAUGUGUUCUCUGAUGCUGCAUAAGGCCCGACCUAUGCCUAAAUAUUUUCCUGCAUUCAUAACAUUCAUAAGGCUUUUCCCCAGAGUGGGUUCUUUGGUGCUGGGUGAGUGCUGAGCUUUGAUUAAAGGAUUUUUCACAUUCAUUACAUUCAUAAGGUUUCUCACCAGUAUGGAUUCUUUGAUGUUCCAUAAGAACAGAACUUCUCCUAAAAGACUUACCACAUUCUGUACAUUCAUAGCCUUUGUCUCCACUGUGAAUCUUCUUAUGCUGAAUAAGAGUAGAGCUCUGGCUGAAAGCUUUCCCACAUUCAUCACAACCAUAAGGUUUCUCUCCAGUAUGAAUUCGCCUAUGCCUAAUGAGCCCUGAGCUGCCCCUGAAAGCUUUUCCACAGUCACAACAUUUAUAGGGUUUUUCGCCACUGUGAAUCCUCUGAUGUCUAACAAGAUCUGUUCUGAAACCAAAGGCUUUUCCACAUUCUUUACAUGCAUAAGGUCUCUCUCCAGUGUGACUUCUUUGAUGUCUAAUCAGCUUUGACCUAUGGCAAAACGCUUUCCCACAAUCCAAGCACUCAUAGAGCAGUUUCCCUGUGUGAGUUCUGGGCCGUGUGGUGUCAUGUAAGUUUGGACUGAGAGUUCUUUCACCUUCAUUACACUCAAAGGUGUUCUGAUUUGAAGGGGUUUUCUUGUUAAAGGUUGCCAGACUGAAAUAGCUUUCCUGGGAAGAAAGUGAACUUGUUCUGUUGCUUGUGUCAUUACUUCCUCCUUGCUUCUCAUUGUUGUCCAAGCAUCCCAUAGUUUCUUGAACCAUCUGUAUUGGAGAAGUUUCCCCAGGAAGUCUUCCUUGGGAUGCCAUAGCCACUGAUGUAAUACAUUCAGUAAUUUCUUUCUUUGCUGCCAAUACUUUGUCAGUCAUCAUCUUGCUGUCUAGAAAUGUGAAUAGGGUGUGUCAUUUCAUGUUUUUAAAGUUAUAGGAGGAACAACAAAUAAACCAAAGGAAAAGGUAAGUGUUUGGUCUCAAGAGAUGGCCUGGUGAUUUAAGAAUCAGUUCCCAGCAUCCACUUGGUCUCAACCAUCUCUAGCUCCAGUUCUAGAAGAUCUAACACCCUCUUCUGGCCUCCAUGGGGACCAGGCAUGCAAGUAGUGCAAAUGCAUACAUGCAGACAAACACUCAUACAUUAAAAAAAAAAAAAAUGGGCUGGACAUACAGCCCAGUGACAGAAUGCUUGCAAACACAAUUAGGUUUGAUCUCCAGGUUUGGGGAAGGGAUAUGGGUGGGGAAAUGACAAAAAGUUCCCAAUAUAGAAGAACUCGAGGGUAAAGUGGACAAAGAACAUUAAGUAUUGGGGACACUGAGUUGUACACAAGAAAGCAAUACUUAGAGGUGAGAAACAGUAAUACCAGUCAUAUACCAGAAAGGGAAGAGACAAUUCUAGAUUAGAUAUAUGAGAAAGGAGAAGAGGUAAUACAGAAUCAGGAAUAAGAUGUCUUAAGCAUUGUAGAUCACUGGUAUAUCUAACAAAGUAGGAGAGCACAUGAUACUAUAAAAUGUUUGGGGAAUAAAUAUUGGACACAGGGAGAUGGGCAGGGAAAGCCAGAUAGCAUUUGCAAAUUCUAGCAGGUUCCAAAUAGGGCAAAUAUAAGCAGCAGAUAAGACAAAGCAUUUAGAAAGAAAUACUCUAAACUCCUUACUCAUUCUGGGUCAGGAGUAUUAAUAAUUCACUGCACAAGUAUAAAUAUUCAAACAAAAUGGAUGCAAACUGCCUAAAUGCAAAUCCAGCUAACAGUAUGCCCUUUUAUUUCUAAAUUUCUAAUAUCUCAAAACUAGCUGCUAGAGAUGAUUAAUAUAAAUUGAAUUAAUUUAAGGAAAUGAAAUUUUCAAGGGCUAUAGGAAACUAGGAUUACUACUUGGUAGUCAAGACUAAAGACGGCUAACUUCAGAUUUUAAGGUCUUUCCCCAAGUUACCUGCCUAACUUUUUGGAAGCAUAGCUGUAGUUGCACUGAGACAAAAAAUGAUUUAAAGCUCAUUUUAAUUCAUCUUUGGAAAAGUGAUGUUUUCACAUGCAAAUAAAUAUUUCUGACAUUCAAGUUUCACAGCAACUUGAAAACAAUACAGCAUUACAGUGAAUACCUAGCAAAAGCUGAGAGCAAGCUGGGAAAUUAGAGCAAAGAUAAGACCUGAACAAUGAAAUAUGUACUGUUCUUGGAUUUCAGAAUGUUAAAUCAUUAGUUAUAGUGACAACUUAAUCAAGGUUGUGCUUAUCUUUAAAGUUAUGGGAAAAGGCUAGGUAGUGGCAUACCCCUUAAAUCCCAGCAUUCAGGAGACUUAGGUUGAGGCCAGCCUAAUCUACAUACUGAGUUCUAGGCCAGUCAAGGUUAUAUACUAAGACAAAGCACUAGUAUAUAAUAAAAGCAUAAAAUAGUGCACUUGUUAGGCAUAGUGGUGCAUACCUUUAAUCCCAGUAUUCAGGAAGCAGAGACAGUUGGAUUUCUGUGAAUUUCGGGCCAGUCUGGUCUACACAGUGAGUUCCAAGAUGGCCAGCGCUACAUAAGACCCAGUCUUUAAAACAAAACACUAAAAUAAGUACUACAUGAGGUGAAAUGAUGUGGCCAGAGAAAGUCUUUGACCAUAGAUGCAUAAAUCGAAAAACAAGAUUCUUUUUUCCUGUUCCAAAAAAUACAGCAGGCAUAAUGGAUAAAGAACACAGUAACUUCAUGUCCAAAAAGUACAGUUACAUCCUAAGGUACUAAGAGUAAGAACUUUCAACCUAUAAUGCAAUAUCCAAAGGAAAUUAGAAUCUGUCAAGACCUUAAUAAAACUAGAGACUAAGUGUAGCAUACACCUUUUAGCCCCAACACUCAGAAGGGACAGUCAAGGCUAUGUAGCAAGUCUGUCUCAAAAAGACCAGAACAGAGAUAGAAAGGGAUGGGGGAGUAGGUAUAUCUGUCCUAAAAGAUGUAGACAUAAUAUGGUUUGGAUGCUGUUGUUCUCUAAGGUUUAUCUGUUAGGAGCUUGGUCCUCAGUAUGCUGAUGGAGCCUUUAAGAAGGCAGGCCUAUUAGUUGAUCCCAAUCAACUGCAACACCCUCAAAACGGAUUAAAAUGUUUCUCAUGGAAUUCUGGUUAGUUCUUGGAAGGAUUGUCCAAAAAGUCUAAGCCUGACCUUUGUUGUCUCUGCUUCCUGCUUUUAUGUAAUCACAUGUUUGUCUGUACUCUCAUAACCCACAACAUAAGAUGUUACAGAAAAGGGCCCUAAUCAGAAACAAGUCAAUGAAGGUAACACAACUUUAAACUUUAAAUGCAUGAGCUAAUAAACUACUUUUUUCUUUAUAAUGUUAA